ACAACCCAUUCUCUCUCAUUCCAACCCUUUCCCGCCACUUCUUCACCAUCACACACACACACACACACCUUCUCCUUGAUCUUGAAACAUGCUGUGGGUGGACAAAUACAGACCGAAAACCCUAGACAAGGUUAUUAUACACGAAGAUGUCGCUCAGAAUCUCAAGAAAUUGGUCACCGAGCAAGAUUGCCCACACUUAUUGUUCUAUGGACCACCGGGUUCCGGCAAGAAAACCCUAAUUAUGGCGCUUCUCAGACAGAUAUUUGGGGCUAGUGCUGAAAAGGUGAAAGUGGAGAAUAAGAACUGGAAAGUUGAUGCUGGAAGUAGAACUAUUGAUCUGGAACUCACAACUCUAUCAAGCACACACCAUGUGGAGCUAAACCCUAGUGAUGCAGGCUUUCAAGACCGGUACAUUGUUCAAGAAAUCAUCAAAGAGAUGGCGAAAAACAGACCGAUUGACACCAAAGGAAAAAAGGGUUUCAAAGUAUUGGUGCUGAAUGAGGUUGAUAAACUUUCAAGAGAAGCGCAACAUUCUUUGAGACGAACAAUGGAGAAAUACAGUGCAUCGUGCCGUUUGAUCCUGUGCUGUGACAGCUCAUCAAAGGUUACUGAAGCAGUGCGGUCUCGUUGUCUUAACAUCCGAAUUAACGCACCAAAAGAAGAUGAGAUUGUGAAGGUUGUGGAAUUUAUUGGCAAGAAGGAAGGGUUACAACUUCCUCCCGGAUUUGCUGCUCGAAUAGCGGAAAAAUCGGGUCGGAGUUUAAGGAGGGCGAUAUUGUCAUUUGAAACUUGUCGUGUCCAACAGUACCCUUUUACGAAUAAUCAAGUAAUCCCCCCCAUGGACUGGGAAGAAUAUAUAUUUGAGAUAGCAUCUGACAUUAUGAAAGAACAAAGCCCAAAACGGUUGUUCCAGGUUCGAGGAAAGUUGUAUGAGUUACUUGUUAAUUGUAUCCCUCCUGAAAUUAUAUUAAAGAGGCUGCUUUAUGAAUUGCUGAAGAAACUGGAUUUUGAAUUGAAGCAUGAGGUCUGUCAUUGGGCUGCAUAUUAUGAACAUAGGAUGCGUCUUGGACAGAAGGCUAUUUUUCACAUUGAAGCAUUUGUAGCCAAGUUCAUGAGCAUUUACAAAGGCUUCCUGAUAGCUACAUUCGGUUGAGGCCUGCCAACGCGCUAGAUGAACUUGAUAUAUAGCAUUUUCUUCGUCAAUGUUGGCUUCUGAAUUUUGAGUUUGAAUUAAGAAGUGCUUCACUUUGUUUCCAGUAUGUGUUGUUUUCUAGUUGAAGCAUGUUUGGAGACUUUGUAAUGGUAUUUUGGAGCCCUUGUAACAACUUAUUUGCUGUGUUUAUCUCAACUUCUAGUUUUUGAAACCA